AUGGAAUCUAGUACUACCCCGUCUUCUAGUGAUGAUAUUACUUGGCAUAUCUAUGUAGGAACAAUAAGUACUAUUGUUCCUGCUACGUUGGCUGUUAUUUUGAGGUUGACUGCGAGACAUGUUUCGAGAGCUGGGUUGUGGUGGGAUGAUCAUACUAUUGUGAUUGCGUUGAUUCUGAACUGGGCUAUGGUAGCUUUGAAAUGGGCUCAAAUACUCCUUGAUUAUUACGGACCUGAUAGCUAUUAUCUGCCUCCCGAAAAGGUUCAAGGCUUUGGAAAGGUCUUCCUCGCCCUCCAACUGAUCUACUUCCUCAACGCAGUCUUCACCAAAGCCUCGCUCCUCCUCCUAUACUAUCGGAUCUUCGGUGUUGUCCAAGGAUUCAGAUGGACACUCUGGAUAUCAGGCUUCAUAGUGAUAGCCUACUGGCUCGCAAAUACACUCGUCACUAUAUUUCAGUGUUGGCCUAUUGCUAAGCUCUGGAACCCCGAUUACGAAGGACAUUGUAUUAAUAUCGGUGCAUUUGGGCGCUGGAGCGGAGUUGCAAAUGUUAUCAUUUAUAUUUUGAUUCUUUGUCUUCCUUAUCCGAUGGCCUGGAGAUUACAGACUACUUUACGGCAGAAGAUUAUAUUAACUGGGAUCUUUCUUUUGGGGGCUUUAUUACCUAGUGUCGUCAUCGUAUCUAUCCUCCGAGUCACGAGCUUCGAUUAUGAGAAUCUAGGAUAUGGUACUUAUAAGAAUAUCGAGCCGGCAACAUGGUCUUCUAUUGAACAGUCUGUUGGGAUUAUCUGUGCCUGUCUGCCUACUCUACGACCAUUUUUUAGAUGGUUGUACGGUGCUUCAAGGAAAAGUACCAGGAAUAGAGGUAGUGGCAUGUCUGAAUUUCCGAAGCAGACUCCGCUUGCUUGUCGAACUUCCCAAGCUGAAGCAGAUGAGGAAAAUAUCCUUGGGCUUGCUGAUUUGCCUGCUCGCGAUGAGAGGGAAGCCUGGCAGGAAGUCCGAAGGAGCCAAGUCGGAGUUGAAAAUGAUCGACCUUCGUCGCAGGGGACGGUUGGGAGUCAUAUUUCGCAAGAUUUCCAGGCUGGGAAGAUUGGGAUAUCAGAACCGAGACCUUCGUCUUUUGCAUAA